AUGGGCCCAUGGUUAGUGAUCCAGUGGGCCAGGUGGCCUGCAUGUUGUUGCGGGUCGGAGUUUUAUUACUUAUCGGAUUCGGGUAAAUAUAGAAGAGGACCUGAUUAUGCGGGAACCAGGUCUGGCAUCGAUAGCGAGAAGUGGAAGAGGACGAUGAUGGCAAUGAAGGGUUUUGGGAGGCUGCUUGUGCGAAGAUCUCGUCUACUUCUUCCCAGAAGUCUCGAACCAAUUGCCAAUCCGAUUGAGAAGAACUACUUGGGUUCUGUGCGUCUUUUCUCUUCCUCAAUCUCGGCGCCUCUUGGGAUUCCAGCGCCUUUCUCUCCUCUCAGUCCGGGGAAGCCAUCGUUUGUGGCUCCAUGGAGUGGUUAUCUUGGCCAGAAGAGAAGCAUGUUUAUUCAAACACAAUCUACUCCAAAUCCUUUAUCUCUAAUGUUUUAUCCUGGAAAGCCAGUUAUGGAGGUUGGAAGUGCAGAUUUCCCUAAUGCUCGUGUAGCAAUGAACUCACAUCUAGCAAAAUCUUUGUUUAGCAUUGACGGGAUUACAAGAGUGUUCUUUGGGUCUGACUUUGUCACUGUAACAAAGUCAGAGGAAGCCACUUGGGAUUUUCUGAAACCUGAAAUAUUUGCUGCAAUUAUGGACUUCUAUUCAUCUGGAAAACCACUCUUUCUUGAUUCAAAUGUUGCAGCUUCUAUGGACACAGAAAUUAAGGAAGAUGAUUCAGAAAUUGUUGCAAUGAUCAAGGAAUUGCUAGAAACCAGGAUUAGGCCUGCAGUACAAGAUGAUGGUGGAGACAUUGAAUAUAGGGGAUUUGACGAAGAAACUGGUAUAGUAAAGCUAAGAAUGCAAGGAGCCUGCAGUGGCUGUCCAAGCUCAUCUGUCACUUUGAAGUCCGGCAUUGAGAACAUGCUCAUGCAUUAUGUCCCUGAGGUGAAAGGGGUUGAACAAGAGCUAGACAAUGGCGGUGAGGUUGUUUCAUCAGCUGGCUGAACAGUAUGAUGAAGAGUUGAUAGCUGAAUGGUGUUUAACCUAGAUUAUUUAAACAUUAUCAAGCAUCAAGGCCAACUUUUUUUUUUUUUGUAUUGUUACAGAUUGUAUAAUUCUCCUUUCUAGCUCAAAUCAUAAUCGAGGUCUCACUAUAACAAUACAUUAUUUUCUUGCUCGGUUGCAUUUAUACCUGUACAUGAGACUGUCUGAGACUCGAUUUAGAAAUUGAUGCAUCUCUUCAAUAAG